GUGGAAAUGGCGGACUCUGAGGUCUACGAGGAAUAGCAGUGUGAAGCCAGGGUAGAACAGAUUCUAGCUCGUAGGACGACCAGCAAAGGCAGGAUCGAGUACUUGGUGAGUUGGAAAGGCUUCGACAGUAGCUGGGAUACUUGGGAGCCAGUGUCAAACCUUGGUAAUUGCAUGGACAGAGUCGAGGCAUAUAACGACAGAAUGGCUGCUGCUCUCAUACAACAGAAAGCUCAGUCUGACACCAAGAGAAAAAAACAGCCGUUACAUGGCGUGAAACACUCUGAAAGUGGAAUGAAAUCUGGUGGUAAAAAACUUUCUAACACCUGUAAAAUUAUGAUAAAAAAUGAUUACUUAAAAGUGAAAAAUAAGGCAUCCCAGGGCAAUUCCUCAAAGAAAACUGGGGCCAAGGUACCAGACAAGGCCAAGGGGCAUUCUUCACAUGGCAAGAAGAAGUCUAGGACAGUGAACAACACAUUUGAUUCUGACAGUGAUGAUGACUCCGUGAGGUACUCUCUCAGUGUAGAUCUCAAGUCAAAAAUGGAGGCUAAAAGUGGGAACCAAAAGAAAGGUUCCAAGAAUGGGAAAAAGACAAAUACGUCAAGUGCCUCUCUUAAGCAGCAAAUGGAGAAGGCCAAAAAGACAGCCUAUGAACCAAAGAGUGAAGAGCAAAGAAUUUAUGACAUUAUAAAUAAGAGUGCCAAAUAUGCCAAAAAAUCUCCAGAGAAGGUUCUGCGUUCUGGAAAAAGCAUCUUGAAUGGCAGAGUUUGCAAAAAACUAAAGCUUGAAGAUGGGGAGGCAGGGCAUGAGAGCAAGCCUGUGAUUGGUCAGACUGGUACUAUAGCUGAUCACAUGGUAAUUGACCCUGAGAUCUCAUUCAAGAGCACAUCCAGUGUGUCAAGUGGGUCACCAAAGAGGAGGAUUUCUCUUCUGGACAGUUGGCGAGGGAAGAACGGAAUUAAGCAAGAACCCAUCACACCAUAUGGGACACCACCUCAGGGAUCAGGACGUCUCACACCCCGCCUGCCUACUCCUAUACAUCCUGGUAGUGGGGCCAGCUUGUAUAGAACACCUCCAACGUCUCCAAGGAUAGCAAGGUCAAGAUCAAAUACACCUACCAGUUUCCGGCCUGUGAGUCCAGGCUCCGCUCAGACCCAUCACUUUUUGUCAGACUUCCCCAAGAUCCCAGUUAUCCCAGUGUUCUCCAGUAGCCCCUCGACUGCGUCCUACAAGGCUUUUCUUGCCUCACUUCCAAAGAAGUUCUCCAAUAAUAGGAGUCUUAAAAAGAGGUGUGUGGACUCGGACAGUGAUUCAGACUCAGAAGAAGGGGUGGGAGAUGUGCGUCGUCUCAGCGUGCGGCAAAGCGAGUGCGCAUACAAAUAUAAGGAAAUAGUUGUGAAAAAGUGCUCAGGUUACACACAGAUCUGGCUUUUCACGAACACUCCAGCAAGAAAUGCUCUUAAUCCUCAGGUAUUUGAAGAACUCAAACAGGCUUUGUACAAUGCCAAGUUUGAUGACAGUGGCCUGGUCAUGCUGAGUGGGUCUGGAAACAUUUUCUCCUCUGGCGUAGACCUACCCUAUCUUCUGACCAAUGAUAAAAGAAUCAGUGCUAGGAAAAUGGCAGAAGCCAUAAGGGAGUUUAUCAAUGCAAUGGUUGCCUUCCCUAAACCCAUAGUGGCGGCAGUGAAUGGCCCAGCAGUAGGACUGGGUAUGGCCAUCCUGCCACUGUGUGAUAUAGUAUAUGCCAGCGACAAAGCCUCCUUCUAUGCCCCAUAUGGCCGCCUUGCUCAAACACCUGAGGGUUGCUCUUCCUUCACUUUUCCCAAUGUGAUGGGAACGGCUAUGGCCAAUGAGCUUCUUCUCGCUGGGCGUAAACUGACUGCCAUUGAGGCGUACCAGAUAGGUCUUGUGUCCCAGGUAUUCUGGCCCACUUCCAUGAUGCAGGAGGUGAUCCCCAGGGUGGAGAACAUGGCAACAUAUUCAGCAAAGGCUUUGGAAGCUUCGAAACUUUUGAUCCACAGCCACCGCCGUGCUAAACUAGAAUACACCAAUGAGAGUGAGUGUAACAUGCUGCAGGAACGCUGGUCCAGCCCUGAGUGUCAGAAAGCUAUGAGGGCCUAUCUGGAGGAUGAACAGGAUCUUCUGUUUUAGAUGAACUAUUUUUGUGUUUUAGGGUGUGUCAGAGUGACAAGAAAAAGAAAUGAAAUAGGUUUCAGGCUUUAGGAUGGAGAGCCACUAUAUUAAGUGUGUCAAAUGGCAGUGGGAAUAUUCAAAGAAACAACAAUUCUCCCAUGAAAAAAGCUUGUUCAUGGUCUUAAGAUAAUAAAAUAAAAAAGAUAUUUGGUCUUUUAAGUCACAAGGAACUGUUUUAACAUUUUUUUCUGAUGAAUUGUAUCACCUGUGUUGCUGGUUUAUUGUGUGAUAUUGAACUGACUAUGUCUUGGGUAUGAAGAUUUAUAGUUUCUGUGCUUGGUUGAUAUUAGAACAUGGAUAAUUCAUGUUGUAUUUUAGUUAAAAAUUUAACCACAAUUGAGAUAUGUCCCAUCUUCUGCUGUGGGGAAUGGUUUUCCCAGCAAACCAUCCAGCUGUCAUUUGGACGGCCGCCAGAAUCACCAGAUGGCCUAUGUUUUCAAAGAUGGCUGGACAGCUUAUGGAUUUGUUGGAAAUAUGACAGCUUUAGGCAUACUUGGACUCCCUGAAAUUUUGUAGGAAAUUACAGAUGGUAAUUUUUGACGGCCUGCACCCCCAAUCCUAGGAAAAGCCCUGACUGUGAUUAUGGAGUUUAACCACUGUCUAAUCAUUUGAAUUGUAAUAUGCAACAGUUUUUAGGCCUAAUAGCAGACAGAAAAAAAGCAGCACUACAACAUAAGAGAUAUUAAGUUUGUUUGUCUGAUCUCUUUGCUGCCAUGACAUUAAAAAGGAUUUGCUUCAUUACUUCCUGAACCCUUCCUUUGAAGGAUUUAAGCAAAUUUAUCGAUUAAGCUAGUUUACAAGUGAGAUAUAAAUUUGCCAUGACUUUGUUAUGUGUGAAUGAAAUUAAUUUUAUCUAGAAAAAGAAGUGUUAUAAAAUAUUUUGCUCAUGAAUGUACAAUGAUGCUGAAUUCAGAAUUUUUCUGAUGUCUGACUGAAAGUGAAUAAUAUGAAAUUAGAAUAUGAAAAUAGAUGAUCAACAUAAUCAUAAAAUUAUCUGUAAUUAAUAUUGGUGCCCUAGUACCUGCCUUUUCUUAAGUAAAAAGAUGAAUUAUGACAUGAGAUAUUUAUGUACUUUCAUAAUUGCCUCAAUUUUUUUUUCUUUUUUGAUACUUUGAAGAUUCAUAUUAUUUAGUUACUUGCAUGUAAUGUUCUUUCCCAGUUCUUCAUUCUUUUUUAGUAUGAUUAACAAAAGGUUGUUUUUGGGAAUUAAAAUUUAAUAAGUAAUUGCAAAGCCAAAUAAUUGCUAGAUGCAUGUCAAAAUCAUUUACAUAUUUUCUCAUAAUCACAGUGACAAAUUUAAGAUCUUUUAUGGCAAAAGGCCAUUAUAUAUAUUUUUUUCUUCAAAUAAGUUUUUUUGCUGAUAUGCAAGUUAAGUAUGUUAUAAAAAUAAAUUACUGACAGUUUCAUGUUCAGGGACAUUAAGACAUUAUUAUAGUAGAGGUAAAAAAAGGGACCAAUUAGCAACAAAAUCUAGACGUGUUCACAGUGGCUCCAACUUGAUCCAUGAUGGACCUUAGUGACAUCAGCAAACAAGUUAAUCAGAUUUUGACUGCCAUUGUACCUAAGAAGUUAAAAUUCAUGUGAGACAUUCUCUUGACAUUAGUCUAUUUUGGGUUAAAGUUAGACCAGUUUUAAUUCAGCCUACGAGCAAAUAUAAUAAGGUAGAGUUACAAUAAGAGUCACAGGUACUUUUCCCAUCAGAGUUUGGGAGCAGUGUACAAGAUGCACACUUUGUAGUUUGGCAUAUGUUAUUAUAAAAGGUAUGUUAGUUUGUUCAUUUCAAGACUAUGUUAUAUGACCAUAUCAAAAGAUGCUUUACGUCAAGACUGACUUGUGCAAAGAUAUUAUCCAUAAAACAACUGCAGCAAUUAAACAGGCAGCUAGUGAAGGAUGCACAGAAAAGCAAAGUUUGAGGCAACAUAAAUCAACGCAAAAGUUUGGCAUCAGUAGCAGGCCCGUAGCCAGCAAUUUCAGAGGGGGGAUUCAUUUCUGAAAAAGUGGAACUUUUACCAGAAAAUCCUCAAGUGCAUAUAUCAAAUUUUACCCAAAGUGGACCUUUUCCCAGCAAAAAGGGUGGUUCUUUCUAACCCCCCCUCAACCCUCCCCUGGCUACGGGCCUGAGUAGACUAUUUUAAUAGACAGUUAUUAAAAUACACAUGGUUGUUUACUGUUACAUGUGUGGGUGAUGUUGUUUGGUAAUUAGUUACUUGUUUUUGAGUUUAAAAUGGGAUUGAUACUUGUAUGGUGUAUCACAGUGACACGCCUGUUGUUUUAAAGAGCAUAGUCCAUUAAAUGUAUUCCAGACAAAGAAUGUGUACUCAGAUGCUGGUAAGAAUUAUAAAAAAUUACCUUAUAGGUGGUCAGUAAGUUUUGUUUGUUUUUGUUUAAGUGAAUGUGUACAGUUAUGAGUGACUAUUUUCAGAAUACAUUAUUUAUUUCUACAUCAAAAAUGUAACGUACUGUCUUUAAGUUAAUACAUUGUUAUGGACAGGAACUCGUUUUAGAAUGUACAUAAAUGAGUUAUUUAUUUUUCCUGGAAAAAGUGUAACUAGCACUGCAUAAAUAAAAUGUACCGAACAAAAUGUUAUUUCAUUUUUUUUCCUUCUUUCUGAGCUCUCUCAAGGUUUCCACCAGAUGUGGAACGUAUGGUUUAUUUUGCAAUGUAACAGUCAGGAAUAUGGUGGCUUCAUCUAAUUCAUUUUGGAUCGUUGUGUGAGUUAAUGUUCAUCUCUUAAACAUGUGUGUCAUCACCAUCAAGCCUUCCCCAAAGAAGAAAUUAAAAAGACACAUAUUGUUCAGGCCUGUAGCCAGGAAUUCAAAAGGGUUUUUUUUUCAG